AUGCAAUGUAUGAAGUGUGUGGUAUUAUUGAAAAACUAUCGUGUGUGCAAAAAAAUCAUACAACAACGACAAGCUAGAGGAACUGGAAUUUGUCCAGUACGAAGAGAACUAUAUUCCCAAUGUUUUGAUGAAAUCAUAAGACAAAUAACUAUUAACUGUGCUGAGCGUGGGUUACUUUUGCUUCGAGUAAGAGAUGAAAUUAAAAUGAUUAUGACUGCUAAUCAAACACUUUAUCAAAGUAGUAUUUCAUUUGGAAUACGAAAAGCAUUACAGGCGGAAGAAAGCAACGAAGAUUUGAUUACUAUAUCAGAAGAAUUGAAAGCUCAAACAAUUGAACUCGAAAAAAUAGUAGCUCAGUUGCAACGAAAGUUUGAACAGGCUGACAAAAAAUCAACCGAACUACGAGAUGCCGAACAAAAAAAGCAUUCUGAAGAAAUUAAAUUUAAAAAAAAAACUAAUCAACAACUAAAAACUCAGUUAGAGGAAAUAAUUUCUCCAAAAAAUAAAAAAAAACCCCGUGAAAAAAUAAAAUAG